CACGAUUGACAGCUCCUUGCCGAGUGGACGGAAAAAUCUUUAGAGCCAGCGCGCCUUGAUGAUUUUGAAAAGGAGACAACAAAGAGACAACUAACUGGAACAACAAAGAGCAGCAAGAAACGAGAAAAGCCAACAGCUCACGUCGAUUGAGUGGUUGUAUAGCACAGCAAGAUGUAUCGAGUGAUGAGUAGUGGCUCUUACGCGUCCUAUGAGUCUCAUCAAGACCAUACUACUACUAGUAGUGGUAGACUUGACGCGAGCAAGUUUGGGUCUUUGUUGGAUCAAGCAGAGGAAGAGAGUGAAGUCUUGUACUAUUCCAAUUCCAGUCCUGGCAAUCAAGAUCAAGAUGACAAUCAAGAUGAGACUGAAGAUGAGAGCGUCCAGAGUCGAUCCCAACUCUCUUUGUAUUUAGAAGAAACCAAGAGGAGACACCAACAAAAAAUGACGGCUGAUUCAUCCAUUUCCACUGGAAUUCACUCGGCUUCUACUAUUGCCGACAGUGCUAGUAGUUCAGAGGACACUCAUAGCAGCAACAGCAACAGCGACAGCGACGAUCUCUCCACUUGCGCUCAUCCAGGCGUCGAAGCAUUCCAACCAUCACACCAACACCAUCAAAACCCUCAUUCACAAGAAACACAAAAUUUUUGUGACGAGUCCCGGGACAUGCAGACGCGCGAGCAGACCGACCCAUUUCCUGCCACUCCUUUGUCCACACCCAAUCAACUUGUCCCCGUCUGCACAAACAACACCCAAUCUACCGAUACAACAGAAAGUUGCACAUCCUCCAGCAAUACACCACAAGAAUACUACUACUAUCAUCAUCGUCAUCACCACUAUCAAGAGACUCCACCCCAUACACGACAACUAGCACCAGAUCAAGACUAUGAGGAUCAGUAUGAUCACACGGAAUACCUGGCUUACCCCACGUUUCAGGAACAGGAAACACCGUUAGACAAUCAGAGCUAUCAAGAACAUGAUUGGCCAGAUCAGCAUCAAGCAGAACUAUGUUAUCAUUCGGAUGCAGAUGAGGGGUCUUAUGCUUAUGCUCCAGCUGAUGAUUGUCACGAAGAUUACCAGGAAACUCCCUUUGAUGAAGCACCGUCCGUGGCUCCGUCUCACCAAAGUGUGGCUUCACCAUGUCAUGAUAGCGUGGCUUGUUCAUCUCACAGUGCAGAGAUUGCAGACGAAGAGUCUGCUACCGAAGAACACGACCCUGUUGCCAGGGAACUAUUCCCACAACACGACUACGAAAACCAAGCUGAAGAAUCAGAAGGAGAGGCAAACGUCGAACCUGACCAAGAAACGGAUUCACCAUGCAUCCAUUCCAGUGAUGAUACAACUCCAGCAGAAUGUGACUCAAUUUAUUGCCAAACCAAUAAUGAUGAUGAUGAGAAUGAUGAUGAGGAGGAGGAGGAUGGAGCUGCCACUGCUGUGGAUCAUCCUUCGACAGAAACUAGCAGUGUCACAUCCACUCCUACUACGGAUGACCACAACUCUGAUUCACCCGCUCACAGUAGUGAUCAUGAGGAAGUAGACCACCCACCACCACUACCACCACAAGUACAGCGCUGCCACACACCCGAUCCAAGUGAUCUGACGAUGGAACACGACCAAUCCUGGUGGGAAGAGUGGGACGAAGAGAUUCAACGACAAAUGCCUUCCAUCAACGCACUGGCGUCUCUAUCAGCGGAUGGGCAAGAUAUGAUGAACCUGACGCAGCUGCAACACUAUCUAGAGGGUGUAGCCGGAGAGGAUCCCAUUCUACAAGGAAUUGCCGUUGCCUUUUACAAGGGACUCACGUUGCAACAAGAACGACACGAUGCCAAAAUACAGGACCUGCAGGAACAACACAAACAACAGCUCGCCAUGCUACGGCAACAACAUCAACCAAGCAACAACAACAACACCACUAGUCCCAGCAGUCCCACUCGAACCGAAGCCUUGAGGAGACGAUGGCGGAGCAAAACGAGUCGAAGUGUCGACUUUACAAGACCAGCUCCUCUAGUAGGAGACAACGAUCGUGAUCAUGAUACAUUCACUGUGGCAACCGUACUCAGUACCAUGAGUUGCCGUGAACUUAGCAUGGAACGAUACCGCGCUCGAAUACUGAGACAAAUGAAUGCCGGAUUGGAAGCCGAUGCCGUCACCAAGACGCAGCAACAACCACCUCCAGAAAGUAACAAGGAAGCUCCACAGCAAAACAGCGAGGAAAUUCAACGGUUGCUCGAUGAUCUGCAACAAGCCGAACGUCGUCAAAAGAAACUAGAACAGCAGCUCAAACAGGCCGGAGUGGUCCUGGCCGAAGACAUUCCCUACCAAGAAGCAAAGGAUCAAGUCGCCAGAAUAUCCAAGCGCAUGAACGAGAUUGGCGACUCGGGAGUAGAGCACGACGACCCCGUCAUGCAAAAGUCCCUCCGGGAGGAAUACUAUCGACUCGAAAAGGAUAUGGAACGCUACAUUGCCGCACUCAUGCUCACGGAUGAAUUCAUGCAAGAACAACAGCAAGCUGAAGAUGACUGGGAGGCGUCACAGGUACAAGAGAAUCAGCACGCGUUGCAACAGAUUCGACGACACAUGCCCGUCAUGGUCCGCAUGAUGGCGCGAAAGCAACUCGAAGAGGAGGGAAUCCCACCGGCCAUGAUCAAAAAGUUUCAACGAACCAACGUCCUCCUUUUGCUGCGACGUGAUCCCAAGGCAAUUGCACGGUGGCAUCCAUCCAACUUGGAAUCCCUUCGCGUAUCGGGUAUGACGUUGACCGAGCGGCGGGCUCUGCAUCAUCACUUGUUGCCGGCAGUCGCAAUUUGGACGGGACGUCAAGGGGCGUCGUCGUCGGAUGCACUCAAUGAACGCAAGUUGACUUGGUGGCAAACGAUGCGAUCCAACUUGAAGGAAUCGUUGGUACGAUAUGAACGCCAUGUGCAGGAAGCAGAUGAUGGGGUUGCCGGUCAUCGAUGCAACUUGAUUGGCAAACAAUGUCCUGUGCGAGCCAAUGAGGCCAUGGACUAUAGUGGUGAUUUGGGCUUUCCAGCGGAUGAUGUCUACGAGGAAAGUACACCUGUUGCUAAAGCAGAAACCACGGACGGGUCAAACUCUGAUCCAGCACAGUCAUCAUCAACGAAAGACGACAAGAUCGCCAAGGAUCGAUUGGAACAACUUCGUGAACACUACAAGAGUGAUCCAAAGAGAAUUCAACAGGUCUCGCGUGCCCUUCAGGUCUGUGAGGCUAUGGAUACUGCCAUGGCCCGAAUCGACACGCAGCUGGAGGAAUGGAUCAUCAAACAACUCCAGCCAUCCCAAACUGACUCCUCCGAGGGACAGGUGGAUGGUGCGCUUGAGUUUCUUGCGGAGCUACGAAGCAGUCUUUCUUCUUGGCUAUUGAGAGACUCUGUAUGCAUUGUGGAAAUUGGUCUUUCGGAAGAAUUGGGCAAGGCUGCAAGAGAUUACUUGGGAGGUGCGAGAGAAAACAUUCUCUGUGGGGAGCUAUCACCGGACCAUGUUCGAUUGAAACAUCUUGCUCUGCUUGUCGAGAAACAGCUCCAUGAACUCCAUCUGCGCAAUGAUGUAUUUGUUUCUUCGUCUCCGGGCGCUUCCCUCCCGCUUGAAACACGGGAACGGAAAUCUCGUACGGAGAUUAUGGCCGAGCUCAGGAGACGAGAAGGCUCUGGUCAGAACGGCGGGAAAGUGUCAAACUGCAAUAGAACCAGCCUACCAAGUCCUGGCCCCAUUGCCAAGGACAGCACCCCACGACGAAAGCCAACCAACCAUGCAAGCAAGCCAAAGAAAGGUCCGGCACCCAACGCGCUGUUGGCAGCCAUUAGUGCACGUCGAGGAGCCAACUGAUCUCUGCUCGAUCAAGCUCGCUAGCUAUAGCAAUAAAAUGUUAGUAUUUUCUAUGUUGCUACUGACUG